GCGAUGGAGGGGGCGGGGCCCGGCCCGGCCUGGAGGAGCCACGUGCGCCGGGAGCUGGAGCGGCGCGAGCGCCAGACGCGGCGGCUGCGGGGCCUGGUGCAGAGCCAUGAGAAACUCCUGGAGCGCAGGGAGCUGGAGCGGCUGUUGGCAGAGAAACUUCAGCUGGAGCCCGGGACCCAGGAAUCCAGGACCCCCCUGGAGCUGGCAUCCCUGCAGCUGCAGCAGGCGGUGGAGCUGGCGGAGCUACGGGGGGCUCAGGAGGAGCUGGCCCAGAGCGCGUCCCAUCUGCGCGAUGCCCUGAAACGCAGCGAGGCCGAUUGCCGGGAGCAGCGGGCAAGGGCGGGGCGCUGUGCCCGGGAGCUGGCGGGGCUCUCGGGGCGCUGCCAGGAGCUGCAGGCCCGGCUGUGGGAGCGGGGCCAGGAGGCCGAGGGGCUGCGGGCGGCGCUGGGGGCGGUGCUGCGGGCGCGGGAGCAGCUCGAGGCCCGGUGGGUGCAGGAGAAGCAGCUGGAGGCGCAGAGGGUGAACGAGGCCAAUGCCCGGGAGGAAAGGUACCGGAACCAGGUGUCUCGGCUGCACCAGAAGCUGGAGAGGCUGCGGCUGGGAGGAACGGCUGGACCCCCCUGGCUGGGCGCGGAGCUGGUGAUGAGUGAAAACACGUCCUGCGAGGAGCUGGCAGCAGUGGGGCUGGGUGCCGGGGGCAGCUCAUCCCCUGGGAGAGGAGGAGAACCGGAUGGCGAGGGACCAGAUCCGGUGCCUGGACCCGCUGCUGAGCUGGACGGAGCCGCCCCCUAAGUGGCUGCAGCGGGGACCCCCGUUCCUGGGAGCAUUGGGGUGUCUGCGUGUGUCGGGCUCCAGAUCUGCCCUGCCCCCCCCCAUUCCCACAAGGCUCAUUCACCCCCCCUCGUAUGCAAACGCUGCCUCCCGCUCAUGUCUAGCUUUGAAUAUGCAUUGUGCUCAUUUGCAUAAAUGCUCCCGUUCCCCUGGAGAGGCUGCCUGGUGUGUGGGCCUCCCGCUGCCGCUCUACCCCCCAGAGCCGCGCUCUAUGGUUGUGGGGCAACUGUCUAGGGCCCUGGCUUCAGCCCAGACCCCCAUUCCAACCAUAGAGCUGAGGCCUAGCCAGGCGCCUGCCUAUGGCCCAGGGCUGGGGAGGUGACGCUCUAGCCAAUGUCUCUGUGGUCAGGGGAGGCCUAGUGCAGUCCUCCAGGCCUGUUGCCAUAGAGAUGCAGGCCAGAGUGCCUCCUUGAGCAGCAUCUCCACGGUGAUGAGACAGUUCUAGCCCUGGCUGAGUCCUCCAGGUCCACCACCAUAGAGUCCCAGGCAGAGUGUCGCCACCCACAGACCCUGAUCAUAGAGAUGGAGG